AUGUUUCGCGCGGAGAAAUCCUCCAUCGUGUACUUGGUCACGGGAAAUGACCACUACCCCGUUGUAGAAAUCAACAAUAGGCGGGGGAUUCCACAGCCGGCACGGGCCAGUGCAUCACUCCCACCGACGUGGGCAAAGUUGUGUGCGGUCGUGGAGCGACUGAACAUUCUGGGGUUGUCUGCUGCGAAGGUCCGCUACGUGAUAAUCACAUCUGGAUACCUUGCCUUCGUUACCGUAUGGUCUUAA